UUUUCUUUUCAAAGUUUUGGUUUUCCUUUUUUCUUUGAAUUCUUACAAAAAAUAGUGAAAUUACCACAAUUUGCAUUUAAUGUGUGAUUGUAUGAGAUUCCUCAUUAAAUAUGGAGAUAACAAAGACCAAUUUUGAAAGUGAAUUCGAGAAUAUAUCGAAUAACCUAAAACGAUCAUGUUUUGUUGGCUUUGAUGCUGAAUUUACGGCUAUUCUUUCAGGCGAAUGCUUCAAACACAGGUUAUUCGACACAAAUGAAGAAAGGUACAGCAGGCUCACCAAUGAAGUGAGUCAGAUGAUCAUGACUCAAGUGGGUCUGACCAUGUUCCAGUAUGAACGAGAUACUGACACCUAUGUAGCUACCGGCUACACUUUUCACCUGUCUCCCCAAGCAUUUGGUGAUAUUGACCAAUCCUUUAUAUUUCAAGCUUCUACAUUGAAUUUUCUUUGUAAACACAACUUUGACUUCAAUAAGUUCACCUACCAAGGUCUCCCCUACCUCAGUAAAGCUGAGGAGCAUCGAGUGAGGGAAAAGAUGAAGACCAACAGUCUGGUCAACUGCCUCACACAAGCACUUGACAUGGAUGAUGAGAGGAUCCUGAAGAAACAUUGCUCUGAAGUAUCUGUAUGGCUAUCACAAAGUGAAGAAGAAACUCUGUACAUAGACGUAGACAGUCCCACACUGAGGUACUUACUACAUAAUGAAAUCAGAACGAGACAUCCCAAUGUCCUCACCACUGACAGCUUAGGUAAUAGCAAGAAGAUACUGAUUUACCGAUAUAAAACCAUAGAGGGAGCCACCAGCGCCCCUAUGUCCGUUCUGGAAGAGAACUUACUGAACAACCUUCUAGGCUUUUCCAGAAUAAUCUCUUUACUGGAAAAAUACCAAAAACCCAUCGCAGGACAUAAUUUAUUCCUGGAUUUGCUACUCCUCCACAGUCAGUUCAUAGGACCGUUGCCGAAGAAAUACAAGACUUUUAAAGCCAAUUUGAAUGCCAUUUUUCCUGAAGUGUAUGACACCAAGUACAUAUCGCAUCAGAUGGGGAAGUUUCUGACGUUUGACGAAGUAUGGAAAUCGAAUACACUACAAGAACUGUUUGAAUUCUUCUCUGAAAGAAAAUGUAUGAAACUGGAAAAGGGACUAAAUCGAGUGAGACUCAGUACUGAAUUCAACUUGAAGCAAACCUACCACGAAGCGGGCUGGGACUCGUAUUGUGCAGGCUACUGCUUCCUGCGGCUGGCGCAGUGGGCGGCGGCGCGCUGCAGCGGCGCGCACAAGCCCGCGUCCCCCGCCGAGGCCUUCGCCGCGCUCCGCCCUCACUGCCACAAGGUCAACGUUAUACGCGCCGCUGUGCCGUAUAUGAACCUAGUAGGCGAUGACCCGGAGUCGCACCGUCCUGAUUUACUGUACAUUAGAGCCGUCAAAGAGCGAGCCAUUAAUGUGGGAAAGGUGGCAGCGCUGCUGGCGGGCUGCGGCUCCGUGGACGUGAAGCCGUGCGGCGCGCGCGCAGCCCUAGUCGCCACCAACUCCGCCUUCACGGCAACGAAGAUUCUCAAACAGUUCCGGGACAAUAAGGAGUACCGGGUCACCCAUUACAACGCGUACAGACACUCGACUCUGGGGCGUAUGACCUUGUGGAGCGGAGCUGUUAUUACCGGGGGUCUAGCGUUAUAUUUCAUUCAUAAGAAGAUCAAUAGCUGAAGAUUCCUAAUACAUAUUAAGUGAUAAUUAUAAGCGUAAGUUAUUUUUAGACAUUUCCUUUAGUGUACAAACAAAUACAUGCCUACCUCAUAUUGUGACUAAAAAUAUCUAUUAUUGUCUAUGAAGUAAUCAGCAUAAUUUCCAACUUGUAAUAAUUUACGUUAAUAAAUAUUUGUUACAAUCA